GGGUCGAUGCCCGAGCGGUUAAUGGGGACGGACUGUAAAUUCGUUGGCAAUAUGCCUACGCUGGUUCAAAUCCAGCUCGGCCCA